UUCAACUUAGGAACAGUCGAAUGGAAGAGAUGCACAGGGCGACAUACAGAGGAGGGGUAUGCCAUCUUUCCAACACCUUGAUGUCUUUCCCAACCCAGAACCUCCCCCAAACUCCAUCAUAAGUUAGAGGUUUCUAUGGAGAUUCUUUUAGGUAGGCAUGAUUGAUUAAAUAAACCAUUAGUGAUCAACUCAAUCACUAGCUCCUCUCCCUUCCCCAGAGGAUUGAAGACAGGGCUGCAAGUUCCAAACUUCUAAUUAAGGUUUGGUCUUUGAGUUGACAAGAUACUCCUAUCACCCUUUUUACUCAGGUAAUUUCUGAGGGUUUUCACUCUGCGCCAGGAACUGGGAACAAAGAACAACUGCUUCUCUUAUUAGAGCACCUCAUCAUGUUUACCUGUCUUAUAAAAAAUUCUUGGGCCACUCUCCUUAGGGUAUUAGCCUUCCUGGCUAUUUCUGGCUCUCCAUAUCCCCUUAAGAGAUUGACCAAGAAACUCUGAUUUGUUCUUCAGUAGGCUUUUCAACAGUUAUCUAGUUGCCCUGUGGCAAACCCACUUUAUUGGUCCCAUCCAAACUAAUCAUUCAUGAGAACAAGCAUUCUCAGAGCAUUCCUCUGGGAGGAUUGAAGCAGAAUGUGGUGAGGGGGAACUUAAAUGGCUGAUGCCCUCACUCCCACCCCUUUUCAUGCAAGCAUUCUCUCCACUUUCCUGGGCCACCUGCACUGGCCUCUGUUACUGAUGUCUGAUAAAGAAGGACAUUUUGAGUGCCCAGGGAGGCCUGUUGGAUCUUGUUCAAAUCUCUCCUGGGAAACUCUCAAAGCUGGAUCUUGAGACCCUGAAGCACAAGACCAAGAGCUUUACUAGUUGAAAUGAGAUGGGGAUGAGGGGCUGAGGGCCCAUCUGAGUGGGGGCUUCUGUGCCUUUUGCCUAACUACCCUUUCCCCUCUAAAACCAAGACAAAACAAAAACAAUGGAAGGCGAGAAAGCUUUCCUUUACCAGGAGAUCUCCUUUUUGCAGCAAAAAGCUCUCUCCUUCCUGUGACCCCAGUCUCAGUCUUAGACGAGGAGGGCCUCAAGCCCACAUUGGGUUAUUGAAAUCCAUGUUUAGGUCCCAGCAUGUGGCAAUGUGCUCCACUCUGAUGACACUUUUCCUUUCUAAUAAUAGAGCAGAUGAAGUAAUAUUGCAAUUGAAGUUCCCGGGAAUUUGAUUGGAUAAGUGCAUAAACUGUGGACGGAGAAGAAGGGUGUACGGACGGAUCACAUUAGUAUUCCCGUCCUAUCAAUGUGCGGGCCAGCGCACAACGUCAGCCGGGCCGAUUCCUUGCGUCUGCCAGUCCCACCACAGAUUCAUUUGGGAUCCUCAAACAGACAAGCCCUUAGAGACGAGGGAUCAAGGCAGUCGAUUAGAGCCAAUUGCCUGCGUGGGGACGGCCAGCCCUUCCAGGCCUGGUGACAGUGGAGGGAGGGGAAAGACCAACUGAGCACCGCUGCGGGAAGAUACUGAAGGAAGAGCGACACCCCUUUCCGCCCCCCACCUUGUAGCGCAGGCUUUGAAAGCUUGCUCCCCCACCUGAAUGGAAACUCGGAACCGCCGGGCGGCGCGUUCCUUCUCGCCCAGCCCAGCGAUCCAUGCCGAGAGGAAGGCGGUGCGAACCCGCGCCAGCGCCCAGCUCCCGGGACAGGGCCGGCAAUGCUGCUGAGCAGAACUUGAUCGCGCCCGUUCUUCGCUGCUAGUGGAAGCGAUGCUGCACGGCACAGCCAGCGCCUCCCCGGCUCUCCUUCAAGCUGAAGGUUACCGACCCGCGCAGCCAGUCCCAACCCUGUGAACUGCGCGCCUCGGGUCCCGGCUCCCGCUGCUCGGCGGCGGCGCGCAGGGCAACGAGCGGGCCGCCCGCGCCGGGGCGCACUGCACCAGCGGCUUCGGCUUGGUGGAUGUGUAUGCAUGAGUUCUGCACCGAAUGGGCGCAAAAAGCGCCCCAGCCGGUCCACCCGCUCCUCGAUCUUCCAGAUCAGCAAGCCCCCGCUGCAGAGCGGGGAUUGGGAGCGCAGGGGCAGCGGCUCCGAGAGCGCCCACAAAACCCAGCGAGCCCUGGACGACUGCAAGAUGCUUGUCCAAGAGUUCAACACACAAGUGGCCCUGUACCGAGAGUUGGUCAUUUCCAUUGGGGACGUCUCAGUCAGCUGCCCCUCCUUACGGGUGGAAAUGCACAAGACAAGAACCAAAGGCUGUGAAAUGGCCCGUCAGGCACACCAAAAACUGGCUGCCAUCUCAGGCCCAGAAGAUGGUGAGAUCCACCCAGAAAUCUGCCGGCUUUACAUCCAGCUGCAGUGCUGCUUGGAAAUGUACACAACAGAGAUGCUAAAAUCCAUAUGUCUUCUGGGGUCUCUUCAGUUUCAUCGAAAAGGAAAGGAACCUGGUGGGGGAACCAAGAGUUUGGAUUGCAAAAUUGAGGAGAAUGCUGAAACACCUGCCCUCGAGGACUCCUCGUCAUCCCCCGUAGAUAAUCAGCAACAUUCCUGGCAGGUUUCCACAGACAUCGAGAACACUGAAAGGGACAUGCGAGAAAUGAAAAACCUUCUAAGCAAACUCAGGGAAACUAUGCCUUUACCACUGAAAAAUCAAGAUGACAGCAGCCUUCUGAAUCUAACUCCCUACCCCUUGGUUAGAAGACGGAAGAGAAGGUUCUUUGGGCUAUGUUGUCUCGUCUCAAGCUAGGCGGCUCCUCCUGGAAACCCACUGGGAACACCUGAAAAAAAUAAUUACAAAACCUGAGGACCUCCAGACAGCUGAACCACGCACUUAUUGGUUUUGACUAUGUUUUCUAUGCUUCCUUAUUUUAUCUGUUUCCUCCUGCCCUUUUAAAUGAUUUUACACUUGAAAGCAGCUGCCGCCAAGGAAAAAAAAAAAAAAAAAGAUUAAAAAGCAGGCUGUUUUUAAAAGGGAUUUUUAAAACUGACAUUGCGCAUGUCUGCUCCAAACCAUGCCAUGGCAGAUGCAAGAAUUAUGAUUUUUAAAGGUUUUUUUAAAUGUAUUAUACAGAGAUAAAUUAUUUCACAUAUAACAGUAUAUCGAUAGCUCUUGCUGAUCUCAUGUUAACAAUUUAUCAUAUAUGAAAGAAGUCUUUAAACAUAGAAAUCUACUUAAAACUAUAAACUGUUCAAAAAUCCAAUCUAUCAAUAUCACUAGAAAUAAUAUUAUAAGCAAACAUAAACUACCUUACCUAUUGCUUUCUCUGCACUCAUUUACAUCUAGUCUUCCAUUCUGUCAGAAUCUAAGUGCUUCAACAUAAAAAAAUCUUAAUUUAUAAUGCAACAAACACCACAUCUGAAAAGUACUUAAAUUCUGUAAAUAUACAGUAAUCCUAAUACCUUCGUACAAUGCAUAUGGGCAACUAAUUAUCUUUUGAUCCAAUGGUGUCUUUUUCAGCUUCUUGGAGAAUGAAGUAAUCCCGUUAGGAAAUGGUGUAGCAACAUAUACAAUUACCCUCAAAUGUAAAAUUGAAUAUUAUCACAUUUUGUUCUAACUGAAAUCUGAAGCAUGGUGUCUGCACAUCAGCAUAGUGUUAAAUCUUAUAGCGCAUGCUGGAAUUAGCUCAGAUCGUAAAAAUAUUUAACAUUUUACAUUGUUAAUAAGUUUUUUUAGUUAAGCUAAGCUUGUCUCCUGUAGAUGACUAUGCAGAUAUGACUUUUCCAAUGUGUACUUAGUGUCUUGUCUUAUGCUCAGACUCUGGAAAGCAGGACAUUCAGCAAUACUGUAUUUUAGAAAGGAGGAAGCCACAUGCUUUGUUUUUCUGCUCACAGCUUUGUUAUCUUCCUCCACUAAACUUGUAACAUGGUACAAACCUUGUUACAGUUCCCCCUGUUCUUCCUUUGGCCCAUUUCCCAGAAAGAAUUUCCCAUGGGUUCAGAGAUCAAGUCUUUGUACUUUUUUCCUUGUUUUCCAUAGUCUGAAAAUCUUCAAGUCAGACAGGAGGCACCAGUGUCUCAUACAAUGGAAGGACGAGCUAGAUGCCUGUAAGUGGCUUAUCCCAGACACAUUCUUAAUUCCAACCCUGCACUUUCUCAAUACUUCCGUGCACAGGCAUUUAUAUAUAAACUGAUAAUUUGACCUAAAAACUAAAUGUAUUAAAGCCUAAACUUUAGUGAAGAUGAAGAGAGGUACAGAUGAACUACUGAAAUAAUUAUUAUAUUAGGUUGAAUUAUUAUUAAAUUGCUGAUCUUUGACUGUCUUAAUCUACAAAAUGGCAGUUUCAUAUAGUUCAACCUAAUAUGUUGUGGAAAUUAUACUUGGAAUUGUCUUCUAGCCCUUUUGAUUGAAAGAGACAGAAUUAAAGGGUUGGCGGACAUCUCAAAAGGCUGCUUAGGUCUCUAUUUAGAUCAUACCAGCUGGUUGUUGGCCUUAUUCUUGGAGUCUGGAGUUGUGUUCCAAUAAACCAGUAAUUAAUACAUGGUUGUAGGUAUGUCUGCCUUCACAAAAACAACCUUUGAAAGGUUAUUUAAGAAGAAAAAUCACGAUUUGCUAAAUCAAAUACUUGUAAAAAUGGUUAUGGGAAUAUAUUAUUUAAAGACUCCUAGAGUAAAUACUUCCUUGCAGAACUAACAACCACUCUUAGCCUCACCUGGUCUGCAAACCUUGAUUUUCAUACAUCAAGUUUGAUUAAAGGUUAAUAUUCUUUCCUGAGUCCAGUUCAUUUUCAUCCCCCGAGAUUUCAUUUAAUGUUCAUUGGUUUUGAAAUUAUGAAGUAGCCCAAUUUGGCAGCUAUGUUGAACUCUAGCUUCAAUCUAGUUCCUACUAAUUCAUGCAAAGUUAUUAACUGAUAAGCCCAACCUUGGUGUUCAAGCAUGUUCUUCUGAUGCCUGACCUAAAUCACUUCUGCUUGGUUAAUUUGUGCUCACUCUCGCCUUAGUGUGAAAGUAACACUUAACCUUCUGUGCAAUUGUCCUCUGUAUAACUGAAGACUGUUAAUAAAUUCAAGUCUCACCUCCAUGUCUGGGAAGGCUGUAGUAGCUAUUCAUGGAGAUGGGAAUUUGUUUAGCCAGACUUUCCAUAUCUAAGGUAACAUAUUCAGCCACCUUAUCCUUUAUUCAUAGUGCCUGUUUUCCAGCCUUCGAUCAGUUUUGUAGUUCUCGUGGACAUACUCUAAGAUUUAUAGGUCUUCUUUUAGUAGCAUGUCCUAAAAUCGAAUUUAGUACUUAAAGUCCUGAUAACCUACACUGGCUCAUGAUUGCGACAGGUAAUUCACCGUCUCCCGUUAGUCCUGCCAUCGCAUCCUUUAGGAGUUGCCCCACUCUCCUCUCACUUACCAAAGGACUUUCUCAGGUGUGGUUCCAUGAGAUGAAGUUCUACUAUCUCAGAUUCCUGCUGGCAAUUCACUUUCAGAUUAGCAAUAACACUGAGCUGAUCUCUAAGGGUAAGACGAGAACAUUGAACCCAUUUUGUUACCUACAUGGGCAAUAAAUGGGUUCAAUAAUCAAGUUUGUGGGCCUGGGUAUCCCCACAUGCUUGAAACAGGAAAGUAUGUAAACUUUGUAUCCCACAUUUUUAAUAUCCUGUGUUGGUUUUUUUUUCUUUGUUUCUUUUUGUUUUUUCAGAUUACAAAGACAAUACAUGUUCUUUGUGGGAAAUCUGAAAAAUACCACUAAAUAGAAAAAAAUAAAAAUCACCUGAAAUCCACCAAAGUCACACUGUUUAAAACUGUACUUCUGAGCUUUAAAUCAGUCAGGGUUGGGUCUAAAGGCACUUCUGGAUAAGAUAGGUGAAGAAAUGCCCACAAGGCCAAGGCUGUCAACUUAAAAAAAAAUCUGUCCACUGAUGUUUUACAUAUAUCUAGGAACAGACUCACAGCAAACUUCUGGUAGUGCCAUUAUUCAGGGGUACAAAGAAAGCUUUAGAAGUGGCACAGCCCUGAUGCCUCCUCUAAAAAAUUAAAGCUCUUGGAGUAAAUUCUAAAAUCUUGUCAGACCAUUUUAUUUCUUCAUGCUCCUGUAAAAGCAGAAGGGCUAUGCAGGGUUUGGCAAUACUGCCACCUACUGAAAGCUGAGCUUCAGGGUGAGGAAAGAACGGGAGACACUGUGAGUAUAAAAACAUUUUAUUUGUUUUAGAUAGCAUACAAAUGGGCCAGGUUAGCAAUGAUCCCAACUAGAAUUGCAGAUUCUGAAAAUCUCAACACUGAAAGAUUAAGCCUAUCAUCUACCCUGACUUCCCACCCUGCACACCCAGACCCAUUCCUUUGUGUUCUAGAAAGUCAUCAAAUGCAAAAUGCUCAAUUUCAGGUAACAAUAGGUAGGAUUAGAAAAAGCAGUGAUGUUGUUGGCCUCAGCAUAAAUCAUUAAAAUUAAAUACACAGACCCAAGAACAUGAAAGAGUUGAGUACAUUAUCAAGAUGAUAUUUCAGAUCUAUGAGAAAAGUUUGAAUUAUUAAGUAAGUUAUAUUGGGAUAACUGGGGGGGGAAUAUUAGACCUACAUCUCAUAAUUUUCAUCAAAAUAAAUUCUGCAUGAAGUAAAGAUUUAAAUGCUAAAGCACAUAAGUAAACAGACAAAAGAACUAACAGACAGUGUGGAUGAAUAUUUAUGCAAUUUUAGUGUUAAAAAGUCUUUUUAACAGUGACACCAAAGGAAGAAACCAGAAAGAAAAGAUGGAUGGAUUUGACUGGUUAAGGAUGCAAAACUCCAAUACAGUAAAACAUAACAAACCAAAUUAAGAGAAAACAAUAUUUGUAAUAUUGUUACAGCAAAGAGUAUAGAUCUUAAAUAUACAUCAAGAGUUUAAACAUCACUACUUUGGGGAAGUUUCCAUAAUCUACAAUGCCCUUCCCAGCCAAGUGUUUCUAUUUCCUUCUUUUCCCAUUGAACUUUUUCAUCAUUGCUUGUUUAACUGUCUGUUUAUCUCCACGAACUGGAAGAACAAGAAGGCAGCAUCCGUGACUAUUUUGCUUACUGUUGUAUCCACAUCACCUAACAUAGUGCUAGAUGCAAAGCAAAUACUGAAAACACACAUAUUGAGUGAAUGAAUAAUGAAUAAAUGCCAUUUUAUGACUGAAGAAGAAUCAAAGUUUCCAAUAAAAAAAUUGAGCUUAGGACCCAAACUGGUAAUAUACCAUAAACUAAAAUAAUCCACUAAUAAUACAUAUGAAAGUGUUGGAAUGUAGUAGUCAUGAAAAGGCAAAUUAAUAUGGCAAAUACCUUUUUACAAAGCAGAAAGGCAAAGAGUAUAAAGAGUUAAAGUUCCCAGGGACAUAAAGGAAGUGUGAAAAUGAACAUUCUGUUUACAGUGUCAACAAGAGUAUAAAUCAAUUCCACCUUUAUGAAAAACAUUUUGGCAAUAUUACCCCAAUAAUUCUACUUUAGAGGAAUUCUCCUUUAAAGGGGUCAGACCAAAAAUAAGCUAAGAUGCAUUUAUUCAUUAUUCAAAAAGUAUAUGUGAAAAAGUAUACUAAUGGCUGCAUUAUUUGGAGGAGUGAACAAAUGUAAAUAAGCCUACAUUAUGCAGCUGGUCAAACAUGGUACAUCCUUUCAAUGGAAUACUAUGCACCAGUUAAGAAUCAGCACCUGAUGUGUAUUUAUUGAACUGUACUAGCUAUAUUAAGUGUAAAAAAGGAUGUUACAUAAGAAUAUCUAUAGUAUGAAUCCUUUUUAAAAAUAAAUGUAUGCAUGUGCGCAUUAAAGAGUCUGAAAGGAUAUUUGCCAAAGUGUUAACAGUAUUUAUCUCUGGGUGGUGAGAUUUGGAGCAAUUAUAUUUUCUUUUUGCAUAUCUGUAAUUUCUAAUUUUUCCACAAUGAGCAUGUAGUAUCUGUAUAAUUUUUUCAGGGAAUAAACAAUGAUGUUCACAAUAUAUAUUAAAUGAAAAACAUGUUACAAAACAUUAUGUAUAGUAUGACACAAUAUUUGUAAAAAAUAAAAUUAUAUAAUAUAUCUAUGUAUGUAUAUAUGCAUAAGAAAGCUAGAAGGACAUACACUAAAAUGUUAAUAAUAGUAGUUAUCUAUGGGUAGUGGGAUUAUGGAUGAUUAUUUUUUCUUUUUGCUUUUCUGUGUUUUCUAAUUUUUCUACAAUGAACAUGUAUUACUUGUGUAAUAAAAACUAAUAAUAAAAGUUUU